AGAAGAAGAAGAGAUCUGAAUAAUUUGCCUGUGUGCGCCCUCUCUAGAAUUCCACAUCUAACUUAGCAAGAAAAAUCGUUCUCACAUAUUUUUCUCCUCCAAAAGUGAAACGCCAGAAUGGCUUCUCUGUAUGGUAGAAUUGUAGCUUCUUCUGCGAGAAGACAUGUUCUAUCUACCAGCUAUAGAUUCGCUUCAACAAAAGUAACUUUGGCGGAUCCCCUUGAGCAUGCAACUGGUCUAGAGAAGCGCGAGUUGCUUGCCAAAGUAGCUGGAAAUGAUAAUCCCUUCGACGCCAAAGUGAUCAAGCGAGGCGCGGGCACCAGGGCUGCUCCCAAUGAGAUCCCAUCAGCUUUUGAUGCUCGCCUGGUAGGUUGUGUCUGUGAAGAAGAAUCCACUAGUAUUACCUGGAUGUGGCUGCACAAGGGCGAGCCCAAGAGGUGCGAAUGUGGACACUGGUUCAACCUUGUUCACAAAGCUCCAGUAUAAAUGUAAUCCCAUUGUGCUCUAGAUUUUAAUAGUGCUUAAAAUAAAUUCAUUUCCUUCUUAAUUGUUCUUCUUUCAUUGUAAAUAUUUUUUUCCUUCAAUAAAAUUCUUGUUAUAAUUUCUUUAACAUGUUCCUGUACUU